AAGUUGUCGACUAUUAGACAGAAACCUAUGUUGAACCUGUAAUUGUAAUGGUAAUAUCUUCAAUGGCGCAAGAUGUGUUUAGCAAAAUGGCUGAGGAACCUUGUUUAUUAAAAGAAGACGGUUAUUUAAAUGCCGACACCGAUUUAAAGCAAAUAGUUUAUCAUCCAACGCUCAACGUUAUUCUGAUUUGUACAAAUUCCGGCGUCGUACGAGUCCUAGAUGUCAACUCGGGUGUUGUUCUGCAAUCCACUAAUCUAUCAGCACAAGAGCAGAAUGAAAUCAAAUGUCAAUACAUUUGUGGUCAGGACAGGACAUUGUUCUGCGAUGGCCAAACAUUGGGUGUCAGAUCUGAUUAUAAUGGUGUUCUGCUUCUUGACACAAUCCUACAAAAAUCAGUAACCAGUGGAAGAGAGGAUGUCCAAUUGGAAUUACUUCUAUCAGAGGCAAUGAUCCUAAAACAAUGCUUAUCAAUUGUAAACAAUCCUACUGUUGAGUAUGUGAUAAAUGAGUUGAAUGGUAAAAUACAGGAAGCCCAAAAGCAAUGCAAAAAAGGAAUCAAAGCACAGAAGUGGAACACAGUUUGUAUAGAGGUUCCCCUAGAAGUGCUUUCUUCAGCGGCAAGUAGCGUUAUGACGGAAUUGAUUGUAAAAAAUCAACAUAGCCCAGAGAUUGGCGUUGCUUCUGCUAUUCAAGAACGAGCUUCAGAAUUACUAGGGGAACCAUUUUCAGCUUCUGAUAGAAAAGCCAUGGCAAGUGAGGCAAAACGUCGUGAAACUUUUGCUCAAUGGCCCCAUAUGGACUAUAAGUGGGCGUUACCUGAUCAAAUGGCGCAAGCCGGGUUUUACCACCAGCCGAAUUCGGCGGGAGAUGAUCGAGCGAUGUGCUUUAUGUGCACCGUUUGUUUAGUAUGCUGGGAAAGAACUGAUGAGCCCUGGAGUGAGCAUGAAAGGCAUUCGCCAACUUGUCCUUUUGUCAUGGGAGAAUAUACUCAAAAUGUACCAUUAUCGGUUACCUUUGCCACAAAUCCUGCUGUUGACGCUACCUAUAGAGGCGUCGGAGUUAAUACACUUGGGACCAGUUCUGUACCUCAUUUGUUUCCAACAUCUAACAAAGACGGUUUAGUUGCUGUCUAUGAUGUAUCCGGCAAGAUCAAACGGACGCAUGCAUUUUUUGUCACCCAAUAUGAUUCUCAUCUUCUAGAAAAGUUUACUGAAGAUUUCAGUACUCUAAAUUCUUGUCAUUCUGACGAAGUAGGUAAAAGCGGGAUUGAAAAGGAAAUAACAGCUUUGACGUUAGUUGGUGAGAAAUCGUCGAAAGUGGUAUCGAAGUGUUCAAAAACCAAUAAUAACAUUCGUCCGUCGGUUAUUUGUGGAAUUAUGAUUAGAGAUAACGAGUCCUUGUCAGUAAACGCUCUAAAUGAUCAAAACCGAACCGAACUAAAUAUUAUGGAAGUGGAUGACAGUCAAGAUUGCUCUUCAAAUAAUAGCUGUUUAUAUUUGGUUGUCUACGAUUUUCAAUACACCAAAGAUAUGGAUAUGGAAAAUAAGGAGCCUUCGGACAUUACAAACGAUUUCUUAUCAAAGAGCAGCCUUUUUCCUCCUUUCGAUAUGGACAGUUUUGGCGGUAUGUCCGCAUUGAAACCGCUCAAAGAAGCUGCUGACAAAUACAUUCUCUCGCAUGAGUUUACGAUGUAUCAAAAUUUAAUACCCGGCGAAAGUGACGCAAUUUUUAUACCUCCGACUAUACCAUCACAGAAGGAACAUCCUGGUCCACGUUCAAUUCCGAUUGAUUACAAGAAGUUGGCGGAUAUGGAAUCUGAACAAGCGGCGGUCAUUUCGUCUGAUUUUGAACUCACCUCGGAAAAAUCGGAGAAGAGCAUUUCGGAUCACAUCAGUGACAUACAGAACUCUAAAACAAAAAGAAAGAAGCUUAAUUAUUCGAGGGCUGUGCAAUGUAUUUCAAUACCUGACACUUAUAAGAACCGUCAGGAUCUUAAGAUUUCCAACAUAAUACCCAGCCAGGAUGGCCGUUUUAUUCUGGUUGUUCUAAAAUCCGUCUGUGAUAUGAAAAAUUCCGCUUUGAUGCUUUACUCCCUCGAUUUCUCAGAUCGAAUGGUGAAGGUGGAGCCUCAAGGUGUAAUGUUACGUGAGCUUGCAUCAUAUGAAAACCCCGUGGAAGUUAGCCUAAUCCCUGUGUUAGAUAAAACCUUGGAGUCGCAAAACAAAUUAGGAGUGGACGGUCUAGUUAUAAUGGUAUGCGAAGACGGGGCUGUACGUGUUUUAGAUUUAGCCAAUUUAAAAAUUAUAGCUGUAGCCAAGUUGGAUUCCGAGAAAUUUGUGUCUGCUGUGUAUUGCAACAGUUUAGAACGGCUAUGUGCUUCGACCGAGAAAGGUUCGCUUCAUUUCUAUGCUUUGAAUGAUACCGAUAGUGAUUCCACAGAAGAGCACGAAGAGGAUGACAUGAUGAGUGCGAAUGCGGACUCGUCUGGAAUCAAUCCGAAUACGGAUACGACAGACGGAUGGGAAACAAAUCAAUGCUUUCACGAUCCUCCUGAUAUAAUUCCAUUGGCGGAAUUAAAGCGAUUGCAUUCUCUUUGCAAUUUUGAGCCUUUUAAAGGUGGCUUUAAUCCAGUGGUUCCGCCUUGCUGGAGUGAAAUGCAGCAGGCUCCAAGACAACGUAGGCAUCCCCAAGCUCUGCAAAAAGAUAAAGAACAAUUAACAAAGACUUGGCGAUUGCAAACUGAUACGACAACAUGGGACGAACAUGUUUUUGAAAUUAUUUUACCAACACCAACCAAUAUUGGCCACGUGGAUGUUAAUUUUGUCAUGCAUAAUCCAACGAAUACUCCUAAUGUUGAAUUCACUUUACUGAGACAAAACUCUACGAGUAUUGGUCAUAAGAGAGAUGUGAAAUUUUCGGUUGAUGACAUCGUCACUUUUGAUCAAUUAGAGAAUACGAAGAACCCGGUUACAUCGCAGGAGUAUCUACGAGCUCACAAUGCAGACAUUUUAGCGGGACCAAUUGAUAUAACAAAUUGCGUGGAUCUGACAGAAAAAUCAGGAUGUGUAACGCUCACAAGUCCAAAGCUUUUCCGAUCAAGAAACAGGAAUUUACUAUUGCAUAUAAAAUCCGUGUGUAAGAAGGAAGAGAUAGCUUCGGUCGGCAGUUCGACACGAGCUAAACGACCUUCCGGUAGUACAACAAAUGCAGAAUACAUGGGCUGUGAUUGCAUACACGAAUUAACUAUCACCGUUUACAGCAGUACUCAUACUGACAUCCCGCACGAACGUUCAUUAAGAUGUUCAAUGCUUGAAUCAAAAUCAUUUGUUCAAAGUUUGUUAUUGACGUGUAUCAAUGAUCCACUACAAGAGUCGCAAUGCGUAGCUUUAGAUAUCUUGAAUUGGGUUGCUUCAAUUCGCAUAGCUGGAAACAGGAGCUGCGAAGAACCGAACACUCAGCAGGCAGAAUUCUUUGAAUGCGUAGAGGCCAAAAUUUUAGAUUUACUAACGAGUUGUGCACUCCAUUCUGGGCGAAACAUUGCAUAUAAAUGUGUGAAACUCUUGGUACUUUGCUCAGAGAACAGCUCCAAUGAUAAUUUUGACACAUCUAUAUUAAAUUCGUUAUUGGAAUUGGUACCAAAAAUAUAUGAAGUUAAAUCUGCAGGAGCUAUACAUUGUAUUUCUAUCCUCAUAUAUAAGGUGGCCAAAAAUAAUGAAUUAGUGAGACAGUUAACAGCGAGGUGUGUCAAUUUAUUGACUGAAGUGGCGGAUCAACUGAAUAAACGCAUCAAUCCUUACCAUCUGAUACUAAGAAGCAGGUAUGGUCUUUACGGUACACCUCUGGAACCGGAAUUAUUUGAUGUAGAUGCCCCUUCACCUAUGAAAGCAUCGAAUUCUACAGUAACUUAUGCAUCGGUAGUAGCCGGAGAAAAUGUACCGCCAUGUUCCGACUUCCAUACAAACUUUGCCUUUAAUAAGGAUAUAUUAGAUGCUCGUGAAGUACUAUUGAAUGUGAACGAAACGAAAUCGUUAAAACUUAAAAACAUAACAACAUCCAAAUUAUUUCGGGGUUUACUCGAAACGGAACAUUUGCAUUUUGUAUGCAUUGCUGCAAGCGAUGGAACUAGAAUGGAAAGAGCAGAAAUGGGUAGUAACAAUAUUAUACCUAAUGUCGUACCUUUCACAGUGACUAAUGUGAAUUCCGCUUCAAAGACAGUCGAAGUCGAACAGUUACUAGGCGAUUUCGAUUUGAUGUCUGCACCUGAUAAAACCGAAAAGAUUAUCAACAGUGCAGCAGGAACUAGCAACGGUCAUUCCAUGAACGACAGCUUAUUGAACAAUGUACUAAUAUAUAGUGAGAAUAUGGCAAACGAAGGAUUUGCCAAAAUUUUCAAACCGAAAAUUACGUCUGCCGCAGAUGCUCUUGGAUCCGAAGUUGUUGAAAGCAUGAAUGAAUAUCCUGUUAAAGCACCCACCAGGUGCGCCGAGGAGAUUCUAUCGCCUAAUCGCAGUUUACCAUGGCAGCAGCUACUUGUAGCACCAUCGCAGCAGGUAAUUGUUGUGGAGAGGAUGCAUUCCGGUGCUCGUCGCUUCGUUACACUAGACUUUGGACAACCGAUUUUAUUGACUGAUUUAUUCAUACCGAUGUGCCUGGAAUUGCUUUCAAUAAGCAUUGAUAUAGGUUUAAAAGCUGCCGAUGAUUCGGACAUGGUUUGUCUAAUUACAUCCACUGAUAUUAGCACAAAGAACAUUGCAAUGAGCAAUAUCCAAUCGCCACCGUUGUGCCGGUAUAUGAAGAUCACCGCUGUCGGCAUUUAUGGAAUGUCGUCCACACGUUGUCGCAUCCCGAUUGGUUCGUUCUAUGGACAUCUGAUUGUGCUCCCUGAUGAAAUAUCCGAGGAGAAUGCUGCAGCUAUAACGCCGCCUACUCACGCCGAAUUGGAUAAACAAUUAAAUGUAUUAUCGAUGUUAUUCGAAGAUGUCUCUUGUCGAUACAGCUUAGCUUGUUCCAAAUUGAAAAAUUUGCUUCAGCCAUUUUUAAUGUCUGAUACAACGAACACAGCUCAUCUGAAUGCAUACAUGGAUAUCAUGAAAGAUAAGAGUAAUUGCUCGGUAUUCGAUAAUAUGAAAAUCUUCAACGCCUACCAAGAGGCAAUUACGUACCAGCGUCAAUUAAACACUGUACGCAAUGUGAUCACUCGCAUCGAAACCUCUCUGAAUAAGCAAACAAAAUCUGCAUGGGACACUUGCAUGGAUGAAGUUAGUACCGACAAAUUGCGUUGUAUUGCAGAGGUGAUGCUCGAAGCUCUGUUAGUCGUUGACACAAUUCCGAAAAUACCGCUUCCAACGUGUGAGAAAAUCUUCCGUGGAUUUUGUAUUACACAGAGGUCACACUUGCAAUUCUUGGCGGCCACUGUUUUAGACCAAUCUUGCAGGAAAAAAUGUUUUUGGGGUGUCUUUUUGGCCGACACAUUAGCCGAAAUGUUCUCAUCAUCUUACACAUCGAAAUUUCCUCAAGAUAGAGUCUUCAUUCUACUUGCUUAUUUAGCUAAGAGAUGUUCAGAGCGUAGCAUAGCUCUCGAUUCUACACUAAGAGUAAUUGCAGAGACAUUGCAGCCGAUGAACGACCAUCGCAAAGGAUUAUUGGGAGUUUCUGUAGAUUUAUCACUAUUGGGAUGGCAACUACUUUUCCUCUCGUUGCAAUUGGAUUUGUCUAAAGGCUCACUCCAAAACUCUACCAGGUGGGAUUGGGUUACGGGAGAGAUGGGCGGUGGUAAAGGUAACGAUAGUGUACACUCCAACUAUAGAAGAAAAUUACAUAAAAGGUUUUUGAUGUAUAAACAACAUUUAGACCAACUGAACAUGGAUUACAAUCAGAAAGUAGUACAAAGCUCAGCUCAAGCAUUCUCCGCGCUUACAAAUCAGGCUCAAACGUUAACAGAAAAACUUGAAAAAGCUUUAAAAGGACCGAACGGUAUAUUUUCAAAGUUAAAAACUAAAAUCAAGAAGGAUCAAGUAAAAGAACCGGCUCCUGCUUCAAAAGUAGGAAAGCGACGACGAGAUAAUACAACGGAGGCUGCCAAUGAGAAGAACGCCUCCCAAAUUUCUGAACCGCAGUAUGUAGAUUCGACACAUUGCUUAACAGUCGUGAGGGGAUUGGUGUCUCUGCUUUUAGCCAUGGAUCAUUCUUGUAGCGCAGAUCUAUUUGUUCUCUCAUGCAAGGUCAUAGCGAGAUUGGUAAAAUUAUCAAAUCUAUUGGUGGAAGAGUAUUUGAACGAAGAAAAGCUAUUGAAGCUAAUUAAUUUAUCGAUUGGUUCCGAAUUACCAUUUGCAACUCAUGCUUUGGCAUGUUUUUUGCAAGAUGUCUUGGAGGUUGGAAAGACUAUUCCUACAAAAAUCGAGGUCGAUAUACCAGCACCCUCCACCAGUUGGACUCCUGUAGACAUCCUGGACAACUUAGUCGAUACUUUUGAUGUGGAUGAUACAUUAAUGUCAGAUCCUAUGGCGAAGCAGGGUAAAACUUCCACAAGUAACAACCAUUUGCCAUCCGUAUUCGAAUCCGAUGAUUCUGAAGUCGAGGAAUUUUUGGACGAAGUAUUGGAACGCGGCCGAAAUAUACUUAGGAAAAACGCAAAGACACCAUUAAUAAGUACAGGCUGUUCAAGCGCAAUUGAUCAGCGACUUGACGUCGGAGUCGAGUGUCAGGCUGAAGUUAUAAUGCGAAGGCUAGUAUUGUGUAACACUCACACACUAAUGCAAAAUGUUAACUCUCCAGCGAAUGUUGUCGAAGUUGAAUGUAAGGUGCCCAAGUGGCCUGAAAAUCUUACAGCACCAGCGAGUAACGCGGUACCAAGAGCUCGUUCACUUAGCAAUACGGCAUUGAUGACCGGAUGCUUUGACAUGCUCUUUAAAGAUUUGGACUUAUACAAUGCCAGCAAAAUCGAACAAAUCUUACAAUUGUGGUUGACGUUGAAUUGCCCGAAUUCCGAGGAAAAUUUUAAUCCCGCUACUAUGCCAGUGAUCGCUCUCAGCGUCGAGGCAAUCAACUCAUUGAUAUCUACAAUUGCUUGGUGUUCAGAUUUAUCGCUACGAACUUGGUGCUCGGCUUUACAAACAUUAACUAUGAUGUGCAACAUCUGCCAAGGUAAAUUCUUCGAGAACAACGACGGCGAAGAAGAAGAUAUAACAAAUAUGUUCGGUAAAGUAUCUGUAAUAAUCAAUCAUUCGGACUUUGUGCAGAUGCUUCUUAGGCUACUUUCUGGUACUGGUAUACAAUUAUCAGAAAGAGGAUUGGCGGGACCCGCUGUGUGUAAAGCUAUGCAUGAUUUCUUGAUGCGCCUCCAAAUGCGUUGCGAUGUUACGAAUUCUUCAAGCUUAAUGGGAACUAUGUUUAAAAGUUACAUGUUAAAAGUUGUAUAUCAACUAGUUCAACCUACUGGACCUUUUGUUUCAAAGUUAGGGCCUCUCGAUGCCCAAUGUAAAUUCUUACAGUGUUUGGUUUGCCUAGAAUAUAGUAGCACUGAUUUGAGUAUUGCCAUGAGCAUUUUGGAAAGUACUGCUGCACUGGUAUAUUCCCAUGUUUCAAAUGUAGAAAGGAUAAAAUGUGUGAACAUCGGUGAAAAGUUGAGUGGAGCCACGAACACAUUCAGCAUAUUUGCAUCGGUCCUCGGUGGAGAAACAAACAAGCAAGAUAAACCCGUAUCCUGGGAUGUGUUACUCAUUUAUCUUUUGAAACUCUUGGGAAGCUUAGUGCAGACGCCAUUACCAAGCACGAGUACAGAACAAGUUGAAUACAUGGAAACUGAUAAUCAGUUGAAUCAUUCGCAAACCGAUGAGAGUAAAGCAGAACAAAUCCACCAGGAUCCUAGCAAUGGAGUAAGAAGCAGUCCACCAGUGCCCUGUCUAGCUGAUACUGUCUUGCAACAUCAUCCUAGCAUUAUUCGAUUCUGCAAAGCUUUAGCAACAUGUAAAGCAACUUCUCUUUGCAUGAUUUCAUAUAGCUAUUUAAAUACGCAGAACGUAUUCUCUGAUCUCCGAGAGCCAGGAAGUGUUGGUGAUUCAGUGUUCAAUGUGCUUGUUUCAUUGGCUAGAAAGGCUUCCAGAAAGGAAUUGGUGAUGGAACCUUUGCUGAUGUUCCUCUCACAAAGUCCGCAAUUAAGUGAACCAUUAAUAUGGUUUAUUAUUCAAGUAUUGGAUACUGCAGAAGCUUUGCAAACAUUUGUCCAAACUGGCGGUGUGAAAAUCAUAUGCGAAAGCUUAGUGAAAAGCAGUAACGCGCCAAAUACUAUAUCAGGUAUUGGAAACAUUUCAAUGGUGAUGCAACAUUUCAUUGGACAGAAUGCGAAAACGGAGGCUAGCGCCAUAGGAGUGCCAUCCAAUACGAAAAAACAGCAACAGGCGAGUCUAGAAAACAAUUUGAACUUGGUAAAUUUCGCGCCACAAGGCACGAUCCGUUGUUCAGCUGCGAGCACAGCCCAUUCGCCUGAAAUUUUGAUCCAAGGCGGGCAAGCCACACACAGGAGAGCCCGAGCUGCUCAAUGGGCAUACCAUUUCUACCCGGAAGAAGCCCAUGCAGAUUUAACAAUUCAACUGCCUAGUGCCAUUCUAUUAAGAGAGGUGCACAUACAACCACAUCAAGGCACGUUGGCCACGUGUCCUUCUGCCGUUUCCCUCGAAGUUUCAGCCGAUGGACCAUGGAGAUUAGUUCCAGCAUGUCCCCCGUUGCCAACGAGCGGAAUGGCGUUUAUCCGUCUGCAUUUGCCAACACCCGAAGUUGUGAAUUGUGUUCAAAUAAGAUUAUACAAACCACGCGAUGCAAGUAAUAUCGGAUUGUCGCAAAUCCGUCUUCUCGGCACAUCAGCGUUCGGUGGUAAUGCAAGGCAACAGGUUAUGGAUUUAUCAGAAGAUGAAUCUCACUGCAGGUACAGUUUAGGCUGGCUAAGAUUGUUGCACCAUUGCUGCACGCUAUCCGCAGAAUCUGAAUUAGAACACGAAAUUGUUUCACAAGCUGCAGAAAUACAAGAUUUACUAUCAACCUGUUGCGGAUUGCUGCUAGUCCCAACUCAUAUACCAGCAUUGUACUUAGGAAAUUUAGAGAAAGUAUUAUGCGAUUUAAGUUUAUUCAAUAGAGAUAACGGAUUGCAAACUAUUAUGACUCUGCUAGAUAGCAGGCCGAACACCACAGAACCCAGUAUUCUUCUGAACAUGGGUAGCGGGAAAAUGUUAAUGAACUCCCCUGGUGCCAAAUCAGCAUGUGAAUUGCUUUAUCGAAUCUGUGGACAUCAAGAUGAAGAUACUGUACAUCGCGUGGCUUUGGUUUUUAACUGGUUGGAAACGGUUGCAUGUAGAGCCAUUACAACUAGAAACGUGUCGAAUUGUAGUCCAGCUUAUGUGUCUAUAAUUGCUUCGAUCAUCUGGGAUGCCAAACAGGCAGAUGUGGCGUACGACUUGCACGGUAUGAUCACUAUCGACUUAUUUUACCGCAUUUACGAAUUCGGAACGCUCUCACGACAAAACCCAGCUUUGAAAUAUGCCAUUGAUUCGCUACUCUGCUCUAUCUGCCAUGUGAGAACUGAAUUCUUCCCAGUGAUGCUCCAAAAAAUUGGAGUUCUUGUACCGAAUCUGAGCACCGAUCACGACGCUUCUAUUUCGGACGAUCGCAAGGAUUCUGAAAGUAUGACCGAUGACGGCAAGGAAAACUUUACAUCGAAUUCUGAGUGGUACGAGCGACUCAUUAUUAAGAACGUUAAUGAUCUAUUUUUGAACAAGGACUCUUUAGAAACAAUAGCACUAGUGAGUAGAUCUCCGUCUGCCAUUCAACAGUUACUAGAUUCCAGAUUACCGAAAUUACUCAAUUCUAUUAUUCUGGAUUACUGUACUGGACUUAAUCAAGAGGCGCCGAUGUGCACAGUAGACAAUGUGACCGCAAUCUUAAAGUUCUUUUCGGAUAUAUGCGAAGAAAAAUUGAUGCGAGAUUGGUUGGGAUCAGGGGACGGAUCGUUGUUCUGGUUACCUUUGCUACAAUACCUUUGCCAAAGAACUACGGAGAAACGAUCAAAUUUGAGCUCAGAGGCGCACACUUACCUCGAGGAGGUAUGCGUACGUUUUUUGUCGAAAUGCUGCCUGUGCCAUCCCAACAAUCAACAGCUGUUGGCGAAGGUUUUGUGUGAUGUGAUAAUACAGCAGAGCAAUGGCAUUUCCGGUUUCUUGAGGCGACUGAUUUUACAACUUCUCUUGGAGAAUGAAAAGAUCCCGGUGAGCGUGAAAGCAGAUGAGACGCUCUAUAAAAAUUCUACUGUUUUGCAUCCGUACUUGCCACUUCAUCCCGCAUUCAAGCAAACCCAUGAUCGUGCAUUACUAUAUUUAGGUACGAAUACCACUAUUGCUGACAUCCUGGAACAGCAUGUAUCUUUUUCAUCGUCAAUUAAAUCCGACAAUACAACUAAGAAAGACAGUAUGUACAACAUGAAAACCUGGUGUUUUAUGGCUGCUGAUUCUGAUUUGAGCGUGGCUGCUGGAGUAACUGCUAAAGAUAAAAGGGCUAAAGAUGCUAAGAACCUUGCAACUUCGACUCCCAUUUCGAAAAAGAAACGCUAUGUGCUGAAUGACCAGCCAAAUGGAAAUGAUGCAAUUGAAGGCAGAGUGGUUAAAUGCUCCGCAUUGUGCGAUCAACCACUUCCACUGGCAUUGUCUUUGGCUCAAGUACUGAGAAUGAUUGAGAUGAAAGGAAUGCAUGCCGAUUUAACUUGUUUACAUUUGACUAUUUGCCAAAGUAAAAAUGAAGAAGACAAUAACAAAAUGAAGGUGAAUAUGAUGUAUCAAAUGCCCUUGAGCAGUAUGCUGCAAGUAUUCAGCUCAAUGGGAGGAUUAGCUCUGUUGGCCCAACAUCUGCCAACUGUAUAUCCUGAAUCGAUUGGAACUCCGCCUGCUGAAAAGACAAGCGGCGAUCAAUCUGAAUCCGAUUGGAUUAAAGUUGAAGGGAGUGAUGAUAAUUAUGAAGAUAUCGACGAUGGACCGGGUUCCAGUACUCCCACGAAAGUGUCAGGAAUUGCGCAGAAUGUACCUCCGCACUCGCUCACAGCUUUCGGUUUAUUCUUGAGGUUACCAGGAUAUGCAGAGGUAUUAUUGAAAGAUAUGAAGAAAGCCCUAUGCUUGUUACGUUUAGUGUUGGGCGUGACUGAUGACGGUGAAGGCGCUGAUAUUUUCCACAGUACAGUAGCGGACUCAUUGCCGACGUUACCGUUUGAAGUACUCAGAAGAUUGUACGAUAGUAGUCCAUUGUCAACUGACGAUGGAACUUUAUUAAGACGCUUAAGUAUUUCGACAGGGGUUGUACAUCUACUGUUAACCUGCUUAGGAAUAUUUACACAUCAGACUCAAUGUAACCAGCAAAAGGAUAGUAAAGUAAAAGAUGACAAGGGGCAGUUGUAUUGGGCAAAAGGCACAGGAUUUGGAACUGGUUCAACACAGCAAAGUUGGAACGUCGAACAGGCUUUAUUAAAGCAAAGGAGUGAAGAGGAACAUGUAACAGUUCUUCUGCAAGUGCUCUCCAGUUAUAUCAAUCCCAGCGGGAAGGACACAGAAGAACUAACAUCCCGAGUGCUUCCUACCGUCUUCGAAGAAUUGCUCGCCGGUAGUGCAUUAUUGCCUGCCCUCAAUUCCUAUUUAAGAAACGAUUCAGUAUUGGAUAUGGCACGACACAUUCCAUUAUACCGGGCUGCUCUGGAAUUACUGCGUGCCAUGGCGGUUAGUUGCCAAUUAGUCAAACUUCUGGUACCACAAGAAGUUAGCGCUAGUCAAAGUAGGCUGUCCAUAAGUUCGUUGUUGGAAAAUAUGACAACCUGUGUGGACACAUACGCGUCCAAACUCAGGUCAGCACAAUCAAAUAAAACGACUAACAACAAAAGUGGUUCAAGCAAAUACAAGUUCAAAGUAGGUGCUCCAUUGGAGGACAUGGAGCGAGACGAAGGUUUGGUUAAGUUGAUGCGAGACAUAAAGAAUACAGCCGAGCUUGUUUGCGCGGCCACCGACAAAUUGAUGGAUACCAAGUUCGAGAACUCCAAAAUUACUUCCAUCGAAAAGCCGUUAUCCAUUUCUCCCGAAGAACAAUAUUUAAAAAUUAUGAAAACACUGCAAUUCGAUACGUUCGAAAUGAUCCUCGAGUUACCCGAAGGAGGAUACAAGUUUGUUAUAUCCCACCAUUACGAAGGCAACGUGCGUUCAGCUGGAGAAUCUUCACAUCCAGCGCGCGUCAAGCGUUUGGCUCAAGAAGCUGUAACAUUGGCAACAAGUUUACCUCUCAGCCACAGUAGUUCGGUAUUCGUAAGAUGCGAUACUGAUCGCCUAGAUAUUAUGAAGGUACUGAUAACAGGACCAGCCGACACGCCAUAUGCAAACGGUUGCUUCGAAUUCGAUGUGUACUUCCCUUCGGACUAUCCUUUGGCGCCAAUGAUGAUCAAUUUGGAGACCACCGGACUACACAGCGUACGCUUCAAUCCGAACUUGUACAACGAUGGGAAAGUUUGCUUGUCUGUGUUGAAUACGUGGCACGGAAGGCCAGAGGAGAAGUGGAAUGCUCAAACAUCAAGUUUCCUGCAGGUGCUGGUCUCUAUACAAUCGCUGAUUUUAGUGUCGGAGCCAUAUUUUAACGAACCCGGAUACGAAAGGUCUAGGGGUACCCCAUCAGGUACCCAAAGUUCGAAAGAGUACAACGCAAACAUUUGCCAGGCCACGGUGAGGUGGGCAAUGUUGGAGCAGCUUUUGAAUCCGUGCCCUUGUUUCAAGGAUGUAAUUUAUGCGCACUUCUACAUCAAGCGCCAAGAAAUUAUGGAACAAUGUGAGCGAUGGCUGAGAGAUUUAGAGAAUGACAACAUAGAGAAGCGAACGAACAGGACUGGCAAUAAGCGAAACAUCUUUACGACUUUGGAUGUUUUCAAGAAGUCCUACGAGACCUUGAAAAGCAUGUUGUUGAAGUUGAAACCUCCGGAAGGUGUCGAAGAUGAUGGUCUGGUACCGACGCCUUCCCCAGUGGUUACCCCACAAUCGCCUACCAGUAUGGACGUGGACAAAACUGUGAAUGGUGUUCAGAGUGAACAACACGAUCUUGUUGAUAUUGACAUGGAGAAAAUGGUGAGCGACAUGUGUGAGUGAUAUUGUAAAUUAUUCUGUGUCAAUGCAUUUAAUUAAGUUUCGUAGUUUAUUACCGCCCCUCCAUACACUUACUGUAAAAUUUUCCUGUAUUUAAGUUUCAUUUUAUUUUUUCGAAGCGAAGUAGCUUUAAUUAAACAACAAAAGAAAUAUUUUCAUAUCUAGUUUAUAAAUGUAAAGAGGAUCCUCGUCCUCAGUAUUACUACGUUCAUUUGUGUUUACUUCCUUC